GCCUUGGCAGUUGUUUUUUCCGGCCUUUAGUCAAUACAAAUACCUACGGACAUGCGCACAUGUAAAGUUCUGUGCCGUUCCCCCAUCAGUACGCACAUGGGGGUCUGAAUGCGCUGCCGAUGGCCAGGUGAAGACGCGGAACUGGCUGAACAGAAGAACUGCCAAAAUUUGCAAGUGUAUCUUUCGGAUAAAUAAUCGGUUAUGUAAAGCGAGACGGUGCAAUAAUUGAAAAUCUGCCUACAUAUAUCAUAUUCGUAUUAAGUAGUAUUCAUCAUGUUGAUGGCGGUGUGUACGAAACUGUGCGGCUUGAGGCACGUGAGGAGUGCAGGGGCAUCUGCCACGCGGAGGUUUUAUUGGGAACUCGUGCCACUGGCGUCUGCAAAUGGCCCACAUCGGAGCAUCUUUGCUCUGUCGGCGAGGCAAUACCAGCAAGCCCCAGAGACCCGUGCAGAGCCAGAUGAGAGAUCCACGGCCGGACUGCAUAAGCAGGAGCAGACGGAGCAACGUCCGGCCUUAUCCCGCAACUCAAGUCCUACCGUGUUCAGCAAUCAGCAAAUCCAGCCACAGCCGCCAUCACAGCCGCCAGCGCAGCCACCACCACAGCCACCCACGAUGUCCGACAGGGAUCCGCGGAUGAACAUGCCCACGGCCGUGCAGAUACCCUACAACAUCGAUUGGAUAUUUCAAAAGCAGCGGUGCCCGUCGAGAGUUUGGUGGCUGGCCAGCCAGUUUGUGAUCACAGCAGUCGGAAUCUUCAGCAAGAUUUUACUGAUGCUCAUGAACAAAACCCGCGUAUACAACAAGGAACGACUUGUCGACAUGAUAUCAAAGCGACCCCAGGGUGUGCCGCUGUUGACCGUCUCCAAUCACUACUCCUGUUUCGAUGAUCCCGGCAUAUGGGGCAUACUUCCAAUGCGUCAAGCAUGCAGCACCAAUCGCAUUCGUUGGUCGAUGGCAGCCCACGAUAUCUGCUUUACCAACAAGUACCACUCCAUGUUUUUCAUGUUCGGCAAGUGUAUUCCUGUUGUGCGCGGCUCCGGUGUCUACCAGGAGGCCAUCAACCUGUGCAUCGAAAAGUGCGCGGCGGGCCAGUGGGUUCAUGUGUUUCCCGAAGGCAAGGUGAACAUGGAGAAGCAGGAGAUUCGACUGAAGUGGGGCGUGGGUCGCAUUAUCUACGAGUCCCCUAAAAUGCCCGUUAUUCUGCCAAUGUGGCACGAGGGCAUGGACGAUGUACUGCCAAAUGUUGAACCUUACGUGCUGCAGUGGCGGAAAAAAGUCACUAUAAAUAUCGGCCAACCCAUGGAUCUGAAUGACUUCGUCGACGAUCUAAAGAAGAGACAAGUGCCCGAACCAACGGCACGGAAGCUCAUCACAGACAAAAUCCAGGAAGAAUUUCGGAUCUUGCGGAUGGAGACGGAGAAACUGCACAGAGAGCGUCAGCAGUGAUUUUGGGAAUGAAGCGGCAUUCAGAUUUUAUAUUAUUUAUUGGUAUUGUAUUAAGCCUAAAACAAAGCCAAGCCUCGAAAGUCAUUGGCAUGCGUCAACCGAUUACGAUUCGCUUUUUAUGGCCAUUAGUAUUGGCUGAAGAGAACUCUUUAAGUGAAAAAGUGUGCAUUAUAAAUAAAUAGUCUAAAAUAAAAAAAAUA